AUGGCGCCCACCACAACAAGAGAUGCUGUUGCAGCACCUAAAAUUGAAACUGCGUUGACAAUCAUUUUGGGAAAGCAAUACUUCCAACAUGUGGAAGGAUCUGGAGAAGGAAAUGAUAGUGAAAUCGACGAUGAGUUCAUGCUGGAAACAAGGCACAAAGCCUUUGAUUGGAUUGUCAACCAGGAUCCAAUCCAGCUAGAGUAUAACUCUCCGAAUUUGGUUCAGAGAUUCCUUGUGGUGCUCUUCUAUUACCAAACCACAAGGCAUCAACGAUGGAAGGAGUGCAAUCCACCAGCAACUCCCCAAGGAAGUGCAUUCUGCUAUGAGCCAGACAUUGUAACUGGCGAAUCAACAUCGUACAUCUGGGGUGAUCAGUGGCUCUCUGCCAGUCAUGAAUGCAAGUGGGGUGGAGUGACCUGUGAGACUGUACAGUCAAAAGCGAAAGCACUUGUUGGGCUAAAAAUGUGGUGGAAUCAGCUGAAUGGUCCUCUCCCAUGGGAGAUCACUCAGUUGCCACACCUGAAAAGUCUAGAUUUGCAUGGCAACAUGCUGAGUGGAAUGCUUCCACCAAAGCUGCUCUCGUUUUCAUUGGAGAGGCUCUGGUUGGGCCACAACCAACUCUCAGGACCGAUCCCUGCUAGAUGGUUUGAAAAUCUCCAUGAAGGAAAUGCAAUCACCUCUGAAGUGGGGAUGCCCCCCUUGAAGAGCCUUGGUCUCAGGAACAAUUCGCUGACAGGAUCUCUGCCACUGGAAAUGUUCCACGUGGACUCUUUGGGGUUUCUACAAUUAGAACAGAAUGAUCUUACGGGCACCCUGCCAAGUGAAAUUGGAUUGCUAACGCACCUGCAACUUAUAUUUUUGAGUCACACCGGCAUUGGAGGAACCUUACCCUCCGAGAUUGGUCUGGCAACCCAAUUGACUGAAUUUCGUGCUUCCUACUCCAAUAUGGAAGGGGCACUCCCUGAAGAAAUGUACACUGGACUCACAGACCUUGUUGCUUUUGUGGCCAAUGAUUGCAACUUUGCUGGGACUAUCAGCUCAUCCCUUGGUCGUUUGACGGGCCUGCAGUGGCUGGGCCUAGCCAACAACAACUUUGAUAGCAUGAUUCCCAAUGAGAUUGAGUCACUGACUUUGCUGCGUCAAUUGAAGGUGAAUGGGAAUCAGCUCACUGGCACUGUUCCAGUGUCUGUCUGCCAAAAUCUUGUAUAUUGGGAACAUGAGAGUGCACGUGAUGUUGAACUUGCAGUUGUGGCUGACUGCUUGCCAAAUCCCGGAACAGGAGUUCCCACGAUCGAAUGUGGUGAUGAUUGCUGCACCAGUUGUUGUGACAACACAGGGGUUUGCCUUGCCAAUUGA